UGUGCGGAUUAAGCUAACUUGUAGAGUGUUUCUCUAAUUUCUACUUAAUAAUUCUUAGAACAAAAACCCUACAUGAGACUUGAACAAACGAAUAAAUUUUAGGGAUUUCUUUUGCCUUAUCACUUAUAAGUCUUAACGCAUAAAUUUAAAUUUCGUAUAGGAAGCUAAAAUUAGAAGGUGUGAAAUUGGCUCAUGAGACAAACAAUAUGCAUCGAUCAAAACAGAGGAAAAUAAAUAAACACGAGAAAAAAAAUAGAUAGAUUGAUCGUCCAUUUUAACCUCUCUGCCUUAGCUUGCUUCUAAGGCAGAGGAAAAUUCAAUUUUCUUCUCUCAAAGUAAAAAAGUACAGAGAAAAACGUUUUGAGCAAAAAUGGCUUUUCAAGACUUUGACAAGAUUCAAGAACGCGUAAAUGCAGAGAGGAAACGUAAAUUCAGGAAGAGAAUCAUCUUUGGAAUCGUCUCUGCGCUUGUUGUUGUUGCUGCCAUUAUUGGAGGUGCUUUUGCUUAUGUUACAUAUGAAAACAAAACUCAAGAACAAGGGAAAACUACAAACAACAAAAGUAAAGAUAGCCCCACCAAAAGCGAGAGCCCGAGCCGGAAACCACCAUCAUCCGCAGCACAAACUGUGAAAGCUGGCCAGGUCGAUAAGAUUAUCCAAACACUUUGCAAUUCCACUCUUUACAAACCAACUUGCGAGAAUACUCUUAAAAAUGGGACAAAGACAGAUACUCCUCUAUCUGACCCUAGGAGCCUGUUAACGUCUGCCAUUGUAGCUGUCAAUGACGAUCUAGACAGAGUAUUUAAAAAGGUUUUGAGCCUGAAAACAGAGAACAAAGAUGACAAAGACGCUAUAGCUCAGUGUAAGUUGCUUGUAGAUGAAGCUAAGGAAGAACUUGGCACCUCCAUGAAAAGAAUCAACGACACAGAGGUUAAUAACUUUGCGAAAAUAGUUCCCGAUUUAGACAGUUGGCUAAGCGCAGUCAUGUCUUAUCAAGAAACAUGUGUCGAUGGAUUUGAAGAAGGGAAACUCAAAACGGAGAUACGUAAGAAUUUCAAUUCUUCUCAAGUUUUGACAAGUAAUUCACUCGCGAUGAUAAAAUCUUUAGACGGAUAUAUAUCCUCGGUUCCAAAGGUUAAAACGCGACAUCUUCUUGAAGCAAGAUCUUCUGCUAAAGAGACAGAUCAUAUUACGUCUUGGUUAAGCAACAAGGAGAGACGAAUGUUAAAAGCUGUUGAUGUGAAUGCAUUGAAACCUAAUGCUACAGUGGCUAAAGAUGGUAGUGGAAAUUUCACAACCAUUAACGAUGCACUUAAAGCAAUGCCUGCUAAGUACCAAGGAAGGUACACCAUCUAUAUCAAACAUGGAGUUUAUGAUGAAUCUGUGAUUAUUGACAAGAAGAAACCUAAUGUUACAAUGAUCGGUGAUGGAUCACAGAAGACAAUCGUGACGGGCAACAAAAGCCACGCAAAGAAAAUCCGCACUUUCGUCACAGCAACAUUUGUGGCACAAGGAGAAGGAUUCAUGGCACACUCCAUGGGGUUCAGGAACACGGCUGGGCCAGAGGGACACCAAGCUGUCGCAAUCCGUGUCCAAUCCGACCGUUCUGUUUUCCUAAACUGUCGAUUUGAAGGCUACCAAGACACGUUAUAUGCGUACACUCACCGCCAAUAUUACAGAAGUUGUGUCAUUGUAGGAACAGUCGAUUUCAUCUUCGGUGAUGCCGCCGCCAUAUUCCAGAACUGUGACAUCUUUAUCAGAAAAGGUUUACCGGGGCAGAAGAACACGGUGACGGCUCAAGGACGAGUGGAUAAGUUUCAGACGACAGGCUUUGUGAUCCACAACUGUACAAUUGCUCCAAACGAAGAUCUUAAACCCGUAAAGGCAGAGUUCAAGAGCUACCUCGGCCGGCCGUGGAAAACACAUUCUCGAACCGUCGUGAUGGAAUCAACGAUCGAGGAUGUGAUCGAUCAUGUUGGUUGGUUGAGAUGGCAAGAGACGGAUUUUGCUAUCGACACAUUGUCUUAUGCGGAAUACAAGAAUGAUGGUCCAAGCGGAGCAACCGUUUCUAGGGUUAAAUGGCCUGGAUUUAGGGUUUUAAACAAGGAAGAGGCGAUGAAAUAUACGGUGGGGCCAUUCUUACAAGGGGAAUGGAUCCGUGAGAUGGGGUCUCCGGUUAAGCUUGGCCUUUAUGAUGCUUGAUAAACACGUAAGGUGGUGCCUUUUUUUUUUUUUUUUUUUUUAUUGAUGUGGGUAAAGAAGAAAUUGCAUCUUGGAGUACAAGAUAAAAGAACAUAAACUUAGUUGAGGCAAAGUUAAAAGGUUUUGUGCUAAAGAUUGAUUUCUACUCAAAUCUUUUGACACUAAACAAGUUUUAAGGCGUUUCGUAAUGAAUGAUAUUCCUAAUCAAUAAUAACGAAAAUGUAAGAUAUGAAUUUUGUUCUUUUUUAAGUAACAUACAAAAAUCUAUUAACCCUUUCGGUAAUAUGAUCUGUUCAACUUCAGCCGAUCGACUUAAUCUCCCCAUAACUGUCCCCUUUUAUCAAUCUUUUUAUCCAAAACCGUGUAAUACCACAAUACACCAACUUAGAAGAACAUUACAAGAAAACACAAAA